GCCGAACUCUCAGGAGAACCGACCGAGCCGAGGAAGAAAGCAAAGACCUCGGCGAAGACCUCGACGACCACAACCGUUGAGGCGCGCGCUUCUCGCCCCGUGCGCCCUGAGGCUGGUCGGGGAGAGGGCGUGGGCUCUGGCGGAGCCACGAUGGCACCUCCGUGUCCGGUGCCGAUUUCGCAAGUCCCUGGUCGGCGGGAAGCUCCAAAUUCCGACCAGGGAGGGAGGACCUCAACAGAUCUGGCGCUCGCGCGCCCCACCUCUACCACGCAGCGGUCCGGUCAGCCGUCUACUCGACCCCAAUUCCCCAGCUCUGAGCCGGGGAAUAGCCAAGAAGCAACGGGGUCGGCCGCACCCAGGCCAGCUGAGGCCGGUCUGGCGGGUUCUUCGGGUCCUCAGGAGCGGGUGCCUUACGCUCCUGGAUGGGCUGUUUUCGAGGGCGACUCGGCCCUCGAUAAUGUACAAGUGGCGCGCGAAGUUCUUCGGGUCGCGCUGCUCCCGGCCGACCAGGCCAAAAUUCGGUCCAUGAACUACGGCGAGUUCAUGGACUCCGCUAUUUGCUCUUCCAUCCGACGCCUCCACGAGACCGAGACGAUGAUUCACAUCAUCCAGGACUAUCGGGACCGGGCCCGAAGGCAUCAAAGGGGGCGCGAGGAGGCCGAAACAAAGUUCCUCGCGUCUGAGGCCGAGCAGAAAGUGCUUCAAGCGAAGCUAGGGGCGGCCGAAGACGAGGUUCGGACUCUGGUCGCCGAACUUGAAGAGGAGAAGGGUGCGCACUCUUUGGCUAGGUUCGAAGUGCGCACCGCGGAGGCCCGCCGGACGGAGGCCGAAUCGUCGCUCGCUAUACGCGAGCAGGAGGUGGGGGAGGCUCGAAUAAAGGCUCGGGAGAAGGAGGCCCGGGAGCAGGCCCAGGACGCCGUCAAGCUCUUCUGUAAAUCGGAAGAGUUUCGCAACUUGAUGGAAGAGGAAGGCGUCAAUGGUCUCAUCCAGGGCUUCAAGGACUUCCGCAAUCAGUUGCGGCGACUUCUCCCAGAUUUCGACCUUAGCCUGCUUCAACCAGGCGCUGGGGUCGAAAACCCAGAAGCGGAGGCGGAGGUAGAGGUUCCAACCUCUGGCGGGACCGACCAGGAGGGUCAAGCUGAAGAAGGCGAGAUCGUUCUCGAGGUCACCGAGGCAGCUCCUAAAGCCACCGUGGGGGCCUCGGCCGCAGAAGAGCCAGCUGUUCCUGAAGUCGCCGGGCCUGAGCCCCUUGUGUAG